AUGAGCGAGCCAUCGAAGAAAUCGAAGGACCCGGUGGACCCCCUGCUGAAGCUGAAGGAGGAGAGGGAGAAAUUAAUUCAGUGGUCCCACAAGUUAAAGAAUAAUAACUCGUCUUUCCUAAUUUCUGAGAAGUUGGAUGCGGAAAGGAAGUACUCAAGUGAUGACUCGCUGGAGGUGGGGGGUCGCGAUGUCUGGAUGCGAAAGAGGGAAGUGAGGAGGGGUAGGUGGAGCGCCAAUGCAGGUAGGGAGGCGGAGCAAUUCGAUGAAGGUGCGUCCUCUCACGAGGGUGAUGGUGCAGAUGGCGCACACGGCGCAGCUGUCGGUAAGGAUAACCGUGGCUACCAUAACAGUGACUACCCCAGGGAGAGCAAAGUCAAACUUAGCGUAAGGGGGGACGUAGAUGACGAGAGCAGCUUCCACGUACGGGUGAGGGACAGCAUGAUGGGAGAGGAGCACCCAGCAAAGGAGGAGGAAGAGGGGUAUAAAAAUAUGCUGUCCAACUUAGGCAAAAAUAACAACAAAAAAGGUAGAAUAGAUACCUAUGGAGGAGGGUUAAAUUAUGAACAGGGUAGCCAAGAUGGGGAGUGCUCAGUUGGAGGAAAGUACGCGGAGAAGUACCACCGUGGGGAUAAACAUCAAAAUGGUAAAUUUGAAGACCCCUCCAGUGACGAAAGUUCGGAGGGUUCCCUUGGACCAAAGUCGUCCCACCUUAAAAUGAGCAAAGGGAUAAGAAGCGAGUACGGCGAUUUUUCACCAGAUGUACGUGUUAAGGAGACUUUUUUAAAAAUUCCAGUGAGGGAAGAAGCAAGAGGCCCGGGGGGAGCUGCUCCCAAUGAGGGGCAAAUUAAAAGGAGCGGAGGGAACCGCCACACUGAUGACACGCCUCCGAAUAUGAACACUGCUAACCCGAAGAGGAGAAUUAAAUUAACGAGGAAGGCAAAAGCAAAGGAGGUAAAAACCAGCGCCAACUAUUUUUUAAGUUCAAAUGAUUCGAAGCUCGGUCCUAGGUUUUUGACUGCCCUGCAGUUUGAGAGGGGCCGCGCGGGUCGCGAUGAGGAUCGCGGUGAUGACUACAACGAGGGUCUCGAUGAGGACUACAAUUCAGACCAAAGUGCACACCACAGUGCACACCGCAGUGUGCACCACCGGGCGAACACCCCCGAGAGGCGCGCCCCAAUCCGGCCGCGCUACAAAUCAUCAAACGAAAGCGUGCAGACCUUCUUGCCAGCUGCGUCCCCAACGCUCGCGAGGGACAACUUCUCUUCCACAACUCUGCAAUCUAAUAGCAAUGAGGACAUGCCCAUAAGUGGAAAGCCGAAUGGGGCCAAACUGAAAUGCAAAAAAUCGAAUAAACUAGCCAGCCUUCUAGAAGAAAGGGUGCACAUGUUGGAGCACAAAAAGGAGUUGCUGAAUGACAAAAUUAAGGACCUUCAUGAUAAUACCUACACGCUGAUGGACGCACAAGAAAAGGAUAACCUAACCAUUCAGCACUACGAAUUGAUUAUAAAAAAUUUGGAGUCUAAAUAUAACAAGCUGUUUAACAUGUAUCAGGAGCUGGACGAGCAUCGGAUUUCCUACGUGGAUGCCUAUCGUGAAAAACAAACCAAAAUUGAAAAUCUUUGCGCAAUUAUGCAAAUAAAAAGUGAAGAGAGCUUAAAAUUAACACAAGAAAUGAACCUUUUAAAAAAAAAAAAUGAAGAAAUACAGGGACAAAUUUAUGAGUACAUAAAAGAUAUUGAAGAUAAAGAACUUGUGUUAAAUAAAAAAAAGGAAGAGUGCGUCACUUUAAAAAAUUCGCUCGAAAAAGCAAAUUCAGAAAAUGCCAACCUAGCAUGCAAAGUAAACCAAAUAAGCGCCCAGUUAGAAGAAGCCAUAAAUCAAAAUAAACUGCUGCAAGAAGAAAAUGAUAAUAUAAAACACAAGUACAAAACGAUGAGCAAAAGUGGAGACACCACCAACAACUUUUUCAUCCCCAAGAUAGAAAAUCUGCUAGACAUUAUUAACAGACUGCUGGACAUUUUUAAGUCCAGUGAGGAACAUGUGUUAAAUUAUUCUAACUUUUUUAAGGAGAACGCUUCCACCAUUCAGGAGAAGUUGGCAGACAAUGAUAGCAUAUGUGAUGAUGUGAUUCGCUUGCUAGACGUUAACUUGGUUAACUCCUUAGUUGGGACCCUCAAACAAAGAGAAAAGGAAUACACAGAACAGAAGGAAAAAAUGGAAAUAAUUUUCGAUGACCAAAUUUUGGAAAUGUACGAAAGGAACAUUAACAACGUUGAAGUUGCCAAUAAAUACAUCGUGGAGUUAAAAAAUAAACUAACAUCCGUCAUUUUGCAAAGAAACAAUUUGAAGAAAAAGGCCCUUCUCCUCUCUCCUGCACAGGGGAGAUUAAACGACAGGCCAAUAAUUGACGAGCUCAAAAGAAUGAGCGCCGGCACGCUCCUCCACAAGUGCAAAUAUCACUCCUUCUCGCACAAGCCCGUCCCCGUUUUCGUCAAAAUCAUGGACGGCCGCUUUAUCACCUGGACCAAGGACGUUCGGGGGAAAGCGGGCUUCAAGCGCAGGAAGCUCAUCGACAUCCAGGUUGGUGUGGCGGCGGACGUCACCUCCAUAGACUACGGACUAAAGAGCACACCCGUGUACUGGCUAAUCGAAAAGCAAAACAAAAAGAGCCUCGAGAGAAAAAAAAUAAAACCAAGCCAAUUUUACAAUAACGCACAUGGAAUACACCCCUGUAAGUGCUUCACCUUGCGCACCCGAGAAAGGACGUAUGAUUUUUUCUCCAAUGAUGAAGAAGCAAUCGCCACGUGGGUCGUAGGACUCGGCGUGCUAUGCUACCAGUACAACAAAUUCGCUAACAUACAGUCGCGCUCAGAAUUUGUUGUGAAAAAGGCUCAGCUGAAACUGCAGCUGCACUGUAUUAAGCGGAACAUAAAUUACACUACUCUCUGGAAGGAGGCCAUCCAGCGCGCGCAGCAGCAGCUGUCCGAGUGA